UUUUUUUUUCCUUUUUUCGUUUUUUCUUCAUCUUUUAUAGCCAUGCGUGAACCUAACUUUAGCUCUCCAGCACAAAACAGAGCCGCUGUUGUCAUCACUUCUACUUUAUACGAUCGAAGAGCUUUAGAUUGCACAGCCACUUUACCACUUGUCAAUUCACUUACUCAUCUGGCUUACAUGACUUCUACUUCACCACGCAUUCGUGAAAUACUAGCAGCAGAUGGUGGAUUAGAACGACUUGUAAAGAUACUAGCCACUUGUCAACAUACAGAUAAACACUCUUUAUGGAAGUGGUCCUUGGCUUUUCAAUGUGUAGUCAAUGUAGGUGUACGUGGUACUGAAGCUAUCAGGUCCCGUGUAGUAGAGGCAGGUGCUGUUCAUGUUGUACUUGCUAUUCUCGAAAACUUUAUGAAUGCAUUAGAAAAAGCCAGGAUUGAAAAAGACCAAGAAAGAAAACAACAACAACAACAACAGCCUGUUACGGCUCUCUCGUUACCUACUUUACCUUCAAGUAGUCCUUCUUCAUCGUUGCUCGAGCAUGAAAAGCAUAUCAAGACAAUGAUCAAGCCUAGUCCAACAUCCACACUCAACAUGUUAUUCGUUAUUCCCAAAAGACGCACUUUUAUCACACGUACAGAAAAACCCAAAUCCAAACCAUAUACCGCAUCUUUAUCUAGUAUUCCUCUUUUAAAUAACUUGUCAACAGACGCCAUAUUACACCGCGAAGAAGACAUUUUGCUCAGUCUCCAGUUACUUGCUUAUCUCUCUAAAUAUCCUACGAUUCGUCAAGCAUUUCAUGCUAACCAUCGUCUGAAUGUGUUUAGCGUGGUUGAGAAGUUUACACAUCGAUUGCACCCUGCUGCCAUUGUCUAUUGGGCAGGCGUGAUCAUGAGAAAUGCCUGCCGAAAGGAUGAAGCAAGAGGAGGUGUUCGUCAAUGUGCCAAUAUGCAAUGUGGCAAAUGGGAGCGAUUUCCUCGCGAAUUUGCGAAAUGCCGUCGAUGUCGAAAAGCGAAAUAUUGCUCAAAAUCAUGUCAGUCAAAAGCAUGGGCUGAUGGUCAUCGAUGGUGGUGUGUUGAAAGACCUCAUAGCAGCCACCCACCUAACCCAACAGCCACAUCCUCUACGACAGUAGCUGCUGCUGCUGUCGUGGCUGCUGCUCCACCCCCACCCCCACCUACAGAACAAGUGGUUCAUUUGGAAGACAAUGCUACACUCGAUGUAAUGGCUAUACCUAUUGCAGAUAACCAAGACACUACGACACCCAAUGCGAAUUCGCCUACCACAAGACGAUCUUCUCUUCCUGUUGUUACGGCAACAGCCAGUCGUCGUGACGGUGGGGAUCUUUUGUUCUAUCAAGGCCAAGAGCGAAGGAAUACUCGGUCUGUUGUUAGAAACCUUGCUUCAGGGAGUUCUACUGAAGUUGAGGUUGAUACAGAUACUUCUCAUGAACGCCCAAGAGAUUUAAUGGAUGUGGAUUAGUAAUAGCACU